CCCUCCCCUCCCCUCCUCAUCCUCCGUUGCGUUGGUUGUUCCAGCGUCCAACCACCGGCUACCAACGUCAUAUUGAACAUAUUGAAUCAAAGGGCGGCGCCGGUCUCUUAUUAGCAUUUGCUGUAGAAACCACCUCUACACUCAGUACAUACACCCUACCCUGCCUGCCAGCCUAAUACGCCUAAUACAGUAAUUGUCAUUCCACCAUUCAAGAAGAAAAAAAAAAAAAGGCUCACAGUCUCGCAGUCUCACCGUCUCACAGUCACGGGUACCAGCCAAUUUCUCAAAAGCUCGCCUAUUUACACACCAUCCCCAAUCCGGGUAAGCGGGGCUACUCUGUAACUAGUCGCACCUUUCGCAAUCGACCGCCGGAGGAACAGAACAACCUGGAAGCUCAAGUCCACUGUAAACCACCGAACAACACGCGCCUGCCUGAUGGGUAGCCAUCCGGCGUCACGAAUAUGAGCUCCUGGAUGAACGACGCCGCUGCCCUCCACAAUCACAAUGGCGCGGCCUUCAACCACCUCAACGACCCCAAUAUGGGCGCGAACAUGCUCGACCCCAGCGCGUUCAUGGGCACGCCGACUGGGAACUUCGUCGACCCGUCGCAGUUCCAGAAUCAACAGAUCCAGCGAAUGCAGAAUGGCGGCAUGCGAAAUGCGUCCCCAUCCUUCAACAGCCCCGUCUAUCAAACGAAUCCUGUAGUACCAUCAAAGCGACCGCGACCGAGGGAAGACAGCCUGGGGACGUCGCCGCGUCAGGCUCCCGGUAUGCUGCCCGAGUCGCGGUCGCAAACGCCACAACUAAGCUACCCUGGCUUCAACGGAAAUCCCAGGGAGGCGACCCAACAUGCGCCUCAGCCGACGCCGUAUGCACAUCUCCAACACAAUGGCUCAGCCGAUGCUAGCCCAUCGCCCGUGAUGGGUAAUCAGCUUCGACCUGGCGCUGUUCCGCAGAGGGUGUCCACCGCGUCUCCUCACCCCUUCUCCCCUGCCGUGCAGCAGUUUGCGCCUUCGCCAUCACACUCGGAUCACACGAAUCGCGUCGAAACUCCCCAAGCACAGGCGCAAUACGCGCAAAACCCUGGCUUUGGCCCAGGGUAUAAUCAGCCGUUCACGCCGCCGCAGGGGCGGAACGCGCCUCCACCUCAGCAAGGGGCGAUGCAAACACCCCAAAUGCAACAGAUGCAUCAACAACCACAGAUGCAACCGCCUCAAAUGUAUCAACAACAGCCCCAACAACCACAACAGGCACAGGCGCAGAUGGAACAACAGAAUAAAAUGAUUUAUCAGAUGCAAUUGCAGCAGCAGCUCAAUUCGCGGGGUCUGAUGAAUGCUCAACAACAAGCGGCGUGGAUGCAGAAUAUGCCGCAGAAUCCCAACGCGAUGGUGAAGCCACAAAUGCCAGGCGGCCCUAAUGGCCAGUUUCCCCAAGGGAUGCGGCCUCAACAAUCGGCUGUGCCUCGACCGAAUAAUCCUGAGCAGUUCAUGCGAAACCUUUCGCAGUUCAUGCAAUCGAAGGGUCAGCCUCUCGACGUGAACCCGAUUGUUGGUGAUAGGACAAUCAACCUUGUCAUGCUAUACAUGGCCGUCACCAAGUAUGGAGGGUACAGGAAGGUUCACCAUCAAGGUUUGUGGCCACAGGUAGCCCAAACUCUGCAGUUCAAUCCGCUGCAAAUGCCAAGCGCGCCCGCACAGAUCAAGGGACAUUAUGAGAGGAAUCUUAUGAUGUUUGAGGACGCGUUUGCCUCUCAGCAGCGCCAGAAAGCCAUGAUGCAACAAAAUGCCAACAUGGCUGGUCAGCCUCAGAUGUCUCCGACGAUGCAACUUAGUAUGCAAAGUCAGAUGGCUCAGCAACAGCAACAGCAGCAGCAGCAAUUUAUGACCCGACAACCUCAGCAGCAGCAUAUGGGUCAACAGUCGCCGCCUAUGGGAAUGCAGCAACAGGCCCUCCAGACACCCGUCAAACAGAUGCCUCCACAGGGACAACAAGUGGCUGUAGAUGGCUUCUCGACGCCGCAGAUGCCAAACCAAUCGCAGCAUAACGCACAAGCACACGCGCGAGCCAUGUCGCGGAGUAACGAGGGCACGCCGAUGCAAAACGGCACGCCGUUCGCGGUAUCGUCUCCAACGUCGCUGAGCAAACCUGGCAGCAUGACGCUUCAGUCUACUCACGAGAUUCAAAUCGAAGAGAAGAAGCCGAAAUUGUCAGCGUAUGAGCCGAGGAUGCGCCCGCUGACUACUUGGGGAGGUGUAAAUCCUGAGGCGCUGGAGAAUCUGUGCAUUGAUUUGGUUAAUCUGAGACCGAAUGUGCCUAGUGUCCCCGAAUUGGGUGUUAUUGAUAUUCAUGCCCUGACGAUGAGUUUGCAAUCUGGGAUUCACUCUGAAGUUCGCCUGGCUCUGGAUACGCUCGUGACUGUCUCGGUGGAACCGAGGGUUCAGCUUGACCUGAGGGCUUGUGGAGAUCUUGUCGAGAGUAUCGUCGACUGUGCCGAGGAACAAGUCGAGUUGCUUGCAGAGAAUGCUGCUGAGGUGUCUGAUGUUAUGCUCAUCAGCUCUUACGAAGACGUUGCUCGUGGCUGCCGACUUGAGCGAGAAGGAUUACAAGACAUCCCUCUCUUCGGAACCGUGGAGUAUGAACUGGAUCGUUCCGUGGAGCGUUUAAUCUGCAUCACGACCAUCCUGCGGAACCUCUCCUUCUACGAGACCAACCACCCUCUACUUGCCGACAAACUCGUCAUAACAUUCCUAUGCACCGUCGUCCGCUACCUCGGCACCCGCAACAUGCUCCUCCGCACCCACUCCAACACACUAGACCUGAUGAAGGACCUCAUCAUCUUCUUCUCCAACCUCGCCCAAGCAGUCGAGAUCCCCGGCAAAGAACAAGCCCUCUGCCUCCUCCACUUCCUCCUCGCCUUCUCGCCCUGCCCACCCCCCGUCAACCCAGGCUCGGAUAAAGUCAUCUUCUCCCCCUACGACCCGGCCAUCCACCGCUACCUCGCCCCCGCAGUGGAUAGCUGGGCCAAGCUCCUCGCGAGGGACGAACCAAAUCGGACGUUUUAUAAGAAUAUCUUCGCCUCGGACGUCACGUCCUCCCCGCCCUACGAGCUCCUUACUAAAUCCUUUGCGCUGGCUAUCUCGCCUAUACCGGGGCAUAAACAUGAUUCGGGACACGGGGGGAUGAUGGCUGUUGUGGACGCGAGGAAACCGCAUCUGAUGCAGGGUAUGCUCGCGGCGGAGAUUAUCUCCGGUCUCGUUCCCGGCCCGGAAGUCCCCAUCGCGAGGUCCUGGCUUACGUCUGAAGAUGGGUUCGCGCAGAGCCUGUUACGCUUGAUCACUGUCCUCUCCACUGAGCCGCCGUCUAGCGUGCCGGCUGCGAGGGGGGGCCAGGUUGCGGCGAGGAAUGCUGAUGAUGAGGCGCUGUUGCAUAUUAUGCUUAGUGGGAUUACGGUCCUGCGGAGGUUGUUUGAGAAGGCGAGGGAUAGUGAGGGGGGAGAUAUGGGGAUGAGGGGGAUGGCGGAGGGGAUGAUUAGGCAGGAGAAUUUGCUGGGGGCGCUGAUGUUGAAGCCGCCGACUCAGCCGAGGAAGGAGGUUAUUAGGGGGCUUUGUGCGUAUGCUGGGUUGGAUAUGUAGGAAAGGGGUCCUUAAUGGGAAGGAGAGAGCAGCUGUUUCUAUGCAGUUUGUGUAUAGACGCAUGAACAUCACCUCCUGCACGCAGACAAGGGGUUUGGGCGUUUCUUUAUCAUUUUCGAGAGCGAAAUUCGAAAUAUCUUGUGCGAAAGCUUUAGCAUGCGAAUGCAACAACCGCUUUUUUGACAACAAUAACAACAAUAACAACAAUCAACAGCAACCGAGAAUGGAGGAGAAAGAAACGGAUGCAUAACUUCGUUUUUGUGGCUUGGGAUAUCUUUGUGUUACUUUUUUUUGUACAAUUGUAUGGAAGGGAGG